AUGCACCGACGUCGCCGCAGCAACAAGAACGCCCAGACGGCGCGCUUCAGCCUCCUGCUGCUCGAAGACGGCGAGCUCUUCCUAGACGACCACAGCGCGUGCCGAUACUUGGAGCCGAAUGCGCGGACGCACCGCAAAGUCUCGGGCCGCAUCAAAGUCUGCACGCGCGGCCUGUUCUUCGUGCCUAAAGACCUGCAGCUGCCGAUCCUGCGCUUCCCCUUCCGCUGCAUGAGUGCUGAGCCCACGAAGCAGGUGAUCGAGAUGCGCGAGCGAGGCAUCGACCACCCGUACGUCUACAAGGACACUACAGAAGGCGUGGAGAUUGCCAGCAGUGCCAACGGCAGUCGGAGCAGCAGUAGCAGCAGCUUGGGAGCCGAAAUGCCGGCCAAGUUCAUCUUCACGCUACAACACGUGACGCUCGAGGCGUUCCUGGCCAGCAUCCACGUCAUCUACGAGGUGUCCAACCUGCCGCGCCGCAUGCUGACCAAGGCGGAAGAGGAGAGCUUACUAGCGCCUGUAUUGGCUACGAGACUGACCGACAAGUUUGAUCCGAGUCUGUUGAUCGACUUCCGAGAGCGGCCGCUGCUAGACGCGGGCUGCGUCGCCGACCGCAUCGAGCCACUGCUCAAGUUCCCGGGCUGCCUCAUGCUCACCACGCUGCGCCUGUACUUCCAGCCUGCGAUGCUGAAUAACGUGUUUGAACCUGUGCUGAACUGGGAGUACACGAGCGUAGACCAAGUGUACAAGCGCCGAUAUCUGCUGCAACAGAUCGGACUGGAAGUGUAUUUACGCAACGGAGAGAGCUUCUUCUUCUCGUUCCGGUCUCGCAAGGAGCGCGACGACUUUUACGCGCUCAUGGUGGGGCAGCCAGAGCUCCAGCGCUGUCGACGCAAGGAUAUACAGUACAUGAUGCGCAAGUGGCAGCGUCGCGAGCUCUCCAAUUUUGACUACUUGCUGUUCCUGAACAACGCGUCGGGAAGAACUCGCAACGACCUGACGCAGUACCCCGUUUUCCCGUGGAUCUUACGUGACUACACGAGCUCGGAGCUGAAUUUGAAGGAUCCGAGGGUGUAUAGAGACCUCUCCAAGCCCAUCGGAGCGCUGAAUGAGGAGCGAUUAGAGUACUUCAAUGCGAGGUAUGAGGUGAUGCCUCGUGGCGAGGAAGCGGAGGGAAUGCCGCCUCCAUUCUUGUAUGGCACGCACUAUUCCACCCCGGGCUACGUGCUGUACUUCCUGGUGCGUAAGGUUCCCGAGUACAUGUUGUGUCUACAGAGUGGGAAGUUUGACACGCCGGACCGCUUGUUCCGCAGCAUCAAAGUCACGUGGGACGGCUGUGUGACGAACCAUACAGACGUGAAGGAGCUCAUUCCCGAGUUCUUUGAUUGUAAAUUACCAGCGGACGAAUGGCUGCAGAACGGCAAACACCUCGAUUUGGGAACUACGCAGAAGUUCGACCGGGUCGAUGACGUGGAACUCCCGCCGUGGGCACAUGACGAUGCAGCUGAGUUUGUCCGGAAGAACAGGGCUGCGCUUGAGAGCGACUACGUUUCAGACCAUUUACAUCAUUGGAUUGACCUGAUCUUUGGCUACAAGCAGCAAGGCGAGGAAGCUGUCAAGGCAAAUAACUUAUUUUAUUAUUUAUCGUAUGAGGGAUCGGUGGACCUCGAAACCAUCGACGAUCCCGUGCAAAAAUGUUCUUUAGAAUCGCAGAUCCAGGAAUUUGGACAGACGCCGAAGCUGUUGUUCUCGACGCCUCACCCGUCUCGAAACGAGGGCGAAGGACAGAUUGAAGUGGCUACGUCAGACUUGCUACUGUCACCGCGAGUCAUCGUUCCCCGUGUCCGCCGAGUCUCGUACCCUCUCACUAGUGUGUCUGAACCCCUUCUUCAACAGCGGAGAGAAGUCACACUGAGUGCGUUCGAAGACUACGAUGACUCUGACGAUGAGACGGAGGACGACGACCUGCUGAGCCGUCACCGACGAAAUCGCCACCGGUAUAGUCUGAUGUGUUGUCAGACCCCGUGGAAGCGCCUCCCGACGGCUAUUGAAGGCCUCUCCUCGCAGUUGUGGGGGAGUAUAAGCUCUGGAAAGCUACCCAAGAAUUGGAGGUGGAGGUUACGACUAAGGACAAAGUUCAGUUUGUCGACUUCGUGGAGCUGGAAGCAGAUUUCAGCGUCUCAGCUCCACAAACGGGAAGUCACGAGCACCAUCCUCUCCCAGGACAGCACUACUUUGUUCACGACCAGCAAGGACAGCUCUCUGAAGCUGUCGUCGACCAGAGACGUGGGCGAAUUUCGUAGAGUAUCGAGCGAGUCGGCACUCUCGUGUUGCGAUAUCUCACCGGACGAGAGCGUCGUGUUCGUUGGGUCAUGGGACAACUGCGUGUACAUGCACUCGGCGUCUACGGGACUGGUAUUGGACAAGGUUUUGGCGCACACGGACGGGAUUUCCGCCAUCCGCGUGUUACAAGAUCGAUUCCUGACAAGUUCGUGGGAUUCAACCAUCAAGUUGUGGCGCUACACGUCGCGGUAUAUCGUCGCGACCCCCAUCCGGACGUUCCUAGACUGCGAGGAGUCCGUGUUGUGUCUAGACGUGAGCCGUGACGGCCGAUUCGGUGCUGCGGGAACUCGCAAUGGCUCUGUGUACCUCUUCGAUUUGAGCGCUGCAGCUCUUCACAACCGAGUAGACGCGAGUUCUGUGCACGGAGGCGGCAUCGCGUCGAUAGCCUUCGCCGCCGACAACAAGUCGUACGUCUGCGUGAUGGUGCAGAGCGAGCUGCUGCAGUUCAACCUGCGAGGCGAGCAGCUCUGGAGCAUGGAGAUCCGCACUGCAGGCCAGGUCCGGUGCUUCGACAGCGACGGCAAGUACGCGGUGGGGGGAACAACCGCCGGCAAGCUGCUCUUCUGGAAGCUGCACGAGCAGGCAGGCACCGAGCUGGUCUUCGAGAUCCCGCAAGCUCACGACGCAUGCAUCAGCUCGCUGUCUGUGAGUUGCUCAGGCUCCACGAUCGUCUCGGGGGCGGUGGACGGAAGCGUCCACGUCUGGAAGCUUCAGAAGAGGACACCCCUGUCUCACAGCCAAGUGUCCUCCACAGCAGCAAGACAGCAACUCACACUGCAGUAUGGGUCCAUCCAGACACCCCCACCAACACCAGCCAAACAAAAGACGUCCACCUCGCAUCGCCGCGCCAAAGUCUACGCGCCCAACCCAACCGCCCAACUCGCGGAGGCGCAGUACUGUUUAGAAUUCUAGAUCCUAAAAACUAGAAACCUGUCCUCC